AUGGGAAGUGAACGAAUGGCUCAAUAUCUGUUGAAUCAUAAAGAUGUUGUUUUGAAUUCGGUGAAUCUCGAUGAAUACUUGGACGCGAUGACUUCAACAUGGUAUUCAGAAUUACGUCUCAAACAGGCACGACGCUUUGCUCUCAUCUUCUUGUUUCUUGAGGAUCUCCAGAGUCAAUGCGGACCGUUGACUGAACGGCAGCAGGCUCUAUUCGAGAGAUACCUGAACCGAACGCGAAGUAAUGUCGAAUGGUGGAAUAAAUAUUAUCCUGAUCUG